AAGGAACCGUCUUCUCAUUUUAGCUUUUUGUGAAGCCUGCUCUCUAUAAUGCCUGAACCUUCCAAGUCCGCUCCAGCCCCCAAAAAGGGGUCAAAAAAGGCCGUCACUAAGGCACAGAAAAAAGAUGGAAAGAAGCGGAAGCGCAGCCGUAAAGAAAGUUACUCUAUCUACGUGUACAAAGUGUUGAAACAGGUUCAUCCUGAUACUGGCAUUUCUUCUAAAGCUAUGGGCAUUAUGAACUCUUUUGUCAACGAUAUUUUUGAGCGUAUCGCUGGCGAGGCGUCCCGUUUGGCGCAUUACAACAAGCGCUCCACCAUAACUUCCAGGGAGAUUCAGACGGCUGUGCGCCUGUUGCUGCCCGGGGAGCUGGCCAAACAUGCCGUGUCUGAGGGCACCAAGGCUGUCACCAAAUACACUAGCUCCAAAUAGACGGGCUCUUUGAACCGAACCCAAAGGCUCUUUUAAGAGCCACCUUCGUUUUCACAGAAUUGCUGUAAUAUUUAAAUUUGCUCGUGUUGUGUACCCAAGCUUGCUAUUCAAAUUAAAUCUUUAAUCCAGGAUAAAUUUUGCUCGCUUCCCCAAAGGAAAAAGAGCCACAAAACAAAACUAAAAAGUAUGCGUUUUAUGCACCGCUAAACUGCAAGACAUUAAAAUUAAGAAAAAAAAAAUUUCUCUUAAUAGUUUGGGGAGCAAUUAGUUGUGAUUGGGACUAUGAACUAAGGUAGUUCUAACCCUAGGCCUAAAUGUACAUUUCUCGAAAGUCGGCAGUCAGGAAUACCACGAUGUGUGGAAAUCUGACUUGCUUAAUGUCUGCUCAGCGAUAGGCAAGUGAGAAUAAGUAAAAUAUUCCAAGUAAGGAAACUUUUGCGCAUGUUAACCAGUUAGCUUAGAAAUCAGGAGAGGGGGAUGGGGAAGAAGUCUUGCGGUUUUCCGCUUUAUAACCUUGCUUCCGUACGUGGCCUCCCUGCUGGGAUCCUCUUGUGAAGGAACUUCCCUGCUUCUCGGGAGAACCGAAAUAAACUUUGCACCCGGAGACGCCUCCGAAUAGUGAAGAAAACAGUCCAAAGUGGAGGAACGCGGUGGUGAACCGAAAUGGAGGGAGUUACGGCUCCCGAAGUUCUGAAGAAAGCGAAAGCCGGUCGGCGGAUGCUAGAAGGUGAUUUGCAGUCAGGCAACUUGUGCGCGCAUAUCCAGGAGGUAAGCACUCAAGAAGGCCUGGGGGUCAAUUUCGGGAGUCUUAGACUGGGGAGACCGGUGAGGGCUUCCGAUCUAAAUUGGAUGGACUGCGGACCCCAAAGGAAAGGCUGCCUGAGAACGCUACUGCUGCUACUGCUGGUAAUCUAGCAAAGGCUAGAAUAAUUUGUUCAGUCCUGCACUUGAAGGUGUCUGGCGGCAGCCCUCAUAGAAAAUGGGAAAAGAGCAGUCCAAUCUCUGAGCAUAAGAAAGAAACCCGAAGAUGCCAGCGGAUAGGCCUUUAGGUAAUGGGUCACAGACUUGGAAAUUGCCAAAAUGUAAGGGAAAGGACAAGAAGAUGAUGAUUAACUAUUGCUGUUUUGUAUGGGGUGAAUCAGAGGGACAAUCUGGCCCGACGUAGGGCUCCUCCGAGGAUUCGAUGUGCCAACAGCUGAAUUUAUAUGUUAAUGAGAAGGGCCCCCAACCCAGAGGAAAUUAUGUAGGCUAGCCUCUGGCUCCCGGGGCCAGCUGUUCUUAUCUCAAACAAAGGUGAAAGGGAAAGAACAGGAACUGAUCCCACCACACCUCUGGGACCUUUUUCUUGUCCUUCCACCAUCUUGUGUGCCUCCACAUCAGGCGGCGCCAGCAGAGUGUCUCCUUCUGCCCUCCAAGACCUAGUGGCACCUCUAGAUUUAGGGACCCCAGAUGCAAGUAAAGUGUCACCUUAUGGGUUCUUGCAGAGAGGUUCAUCAGUUGAGGAAGGAUUUAGAGAAUUUCCCCCUCCCUUGUAACAAGUCCGCUUCCAAAACUAAUAUGUACCCUCUUUGGGAAAUUCCCGUAGGGAUGGGUCAAAUUGGAUAUGUUAAUGCCCCUGUGACCAGAAGUCCCCAAUGGAGGACCCUAUUGGGAUGUCUAAACAAUUGGAUCAGUUUUGGGGACCUAGCUUUACUCUUGGAAGGAAUUGAUGCACAUUAUGAACAUGUUGUUCACUCAGGAAGAAAGGGCAUUUGCCAGCACUGCGGCAGGUAUAAUGGAAUGGGAACGAUGAUACACAGCCAAUGCUGGGGUAGUGCCAGCCUAAGCAAAGUUUCCCUUGCAAGACACAGGUUGGAUAAUGCUAAUCAUGUCCAUAGGCAAUACAUGCAAGAUUUGAGGGAAUUAUUACAAGAAUGAAAAAUUCUGUCUCUAAGUCACAAAAUUUGAAAAAGACUUUUAAAAUUAUGCAGGGAAAAGAGGAGUCACCCUCAAAGUUCUUAGAAAACUGAGGAAUGCCAUUAGAAAAUUCUCGGGCCCCAAGAUCCUGAUACUGAAAUUAUGUUAAAAGUCCAUUUUGUCACCAAUGCCUGGUGGGACAUUAGUAAAAAGCUACAGAAGAUAGAGGGAUGGAAUAGGAAACCCUUGGGGGACCUCCUAAAAGAAGCAAAGGUUUUUGUGAGGAGAGAUGAUGAGAAACAGAAACAGAAGGCUAAGAUGUUUGUAUAGGCAGUUCAGAAAGCCAUGGAGUCCACUAAAAACCAAACCAGGGGCCCGCAGGAAAGAAACCAAGGACAGGCUCCCUGGAACAUGAGUGACAAGGAGUGACAAGUGUGUAGUAAGGAGUGACAAGGGAAUGCAUCAGAUGCUCUGUUGGACAAAUGGGAAGGCUGAGCAGAGGGGGGCCUCUCACUUGUUGGACUUAAGGAUAAAAGGGACAUUUAUCAAGAAACUGCCCUAACAGAAAGAGGAACAAAGGGUUUGCUUUCUAAUGGAACUUGAAGAUUAGGGAUGUCAGGAGUUCUUGGAGAAAUCCCACCUGGAGCCCUUAAUUUAAAGGUGAGACCUAAUGGGGAGGAGAUGGUAUUUUUAGUUGAUUCAGGAGCAGCCCAGCUACCUCAGGGAACUAAUUUGUCAUCAGAAAUUUUGAUGGUAUCAGGGGUCAAGGGAGAAAAUUUCCCUGUUCCUCUGAUUAGAGUACUGGAAUUUAGUCGUAGGACACCUACUUCUGUUUCCCAAGGCACAGGUAAAUUUGUUGGGCAGAGACCUGAUAACCAAAUUGUCCAUUAGUCCAGUACCCUGAGUCACUCUAAUAGUACCAAUCCAGACAUGUAUUGAAAGAAAUUGAGAAAGACCGGAUUGAUCCCCAAGUCUGGGCUGGCCCAAAUAAUCCAGGCACACUAUAAAUCUCCCUAAUAAAGAUUAAGUUAAGGACAGUAAGGAUUAGACAAUACUCAGUCCCUUUGGAAGGAAGAAGGCAUUUGAAACUAAUGAUCAAGGGGUUAUUGACAACAGGGCUCCUAGAGGCUUGCAUUUUACCUUUCAAUAUUCCUAUCCUCCCGGCUAGAAAGGAUGGGACAUAAAGGAUGGUACAAGAUUUGAGAGAAAUAAAGAAGAUAGUGCUGUCCUCUCACCCAGUGGUUCCUGACCCAUAUACUAGACUGGAAAGGAUACCAAAGAAUAGGGCAUGAUUUAGUGGAGUGGACUUGAAGUAUGCCUUCUGGAGUGGUCCCUUGGAUGAAACUAGUAGGGACAGUUUUGCAUUUGAGUGGGAGGAUUCACACAGGGGAAGAAAACAAUAAUAUAGAUGGUGUGUCCUGCCACAAGUGUAUACAGAGUCCCCAAAUUUAUUUGGACAAGUUUUAGAAGGAAUAUUGGAGGGCUCUGAUUCAUCUAGAGGGAUUAAAGUCCUUCAUAUGUCUAUGAUCUAUUCAUUCACAGGGCAGAAGCAGGAGAUAGUCAGCUAAGUGACUAUUGAACGCCUGAAUUACUUGGGAUAACGAGGGCUUAGGAGUUUCACAGGGUAAAUUACAAUUU